AUGAAUUUACUUGAAAAGAUCACUUAUAUCAUAACAAGAUUACUUUUCUUUUAGAUUAGAUGUUUUGCAAUUACUCUAAAUGAUUCAUUACCAAUUUAAAAGUAUAAUCUCCUUGAAAAUGAGAAGAUUUUCUCUCACUAUCAGAUUGGUGCAUUCCCUCUUGAUAAUCAAACUUAACAAGAUUAUACAGAUAUUGAGUUUCCAUUAAUAGAUUACAAACAAACAAUAAAAACUGGAAGCCUUAUGGUGAAAAAUGUGCAACCUAUUAAUAUUAAUGAUUAAGAGUUAGCUAUUAUGACUAUUAUUGAUGAUGAAAUGAUCUGCUUAUUACAAUUAAAUACAUAUUCAGUUAAUGAUGAAUUAAGAUAUUUAAAUUGUUCGAUUAGAUUUAAAUUUGAGUCAAACCAUUGUUUCUAGGUCUAUUAAAUUUCUAAUGAUUAAUUAUUAAUAAUAUGUUAAAAGGAUGCUAACACAAUAUAUCUUUAUUUAUAGAAUUUUGAUAAUUAAGUAAUCAAUUAGUAUGAACUCAGCAUUAUAUAGAAUUGCAAAGUUAACUCAGCGUUUUAAGACUCAUUCAUAAUUAUUUAUUAAUCAGAUUGUAUAGAUUCUAGGGAUUAUACUGAUUGCUAGUAAACAGAAUUAGUUAUCCUAAAGAUUGAGGAAGGUUAAAUUAAGUCCUAUUAUAAAAAAUAAUUAGCAUAAAUAUCAGCAACUAAAAAUAUAGAUAUCGAAAAAACCGGAAAAUUAAGAGAAAUUUAAAUUUGCUUUACCAAAAAUCUAGUUUUUGUAUUUACCAAAGGAGUUUACUAUUGUAACGUCUUCAAUUAGGAUUAAUGUUAUUAAAUUAAAUCUAUCUAUUAAUAUUCAACAAUUGUCAAAGUAUAUAAUUCUUGUUCUAAAAGUAAUGUUUUAGAAUAUACAGAUAAAGGAGAAUGGUAUUUUAAAAGAUUUCUAAUUGAUUUAAAUAACUUAAAUUAUAAAGAUUAUGUAAAUUCAGGGAUAAUCUAAAAUAAGUUGCUAGUCUUUUCAAAGGAUGACUUAUAUAUCAUCGCUAGUUCUAGGAUCUACAAUAAAAGGAAAAUUUAAGUUCAAACUACUAUCCCAAUUGCUAAUUUAUCUUAUUUCGCAUUAUUAGAUGUAGAAGGGAAAUUGCAAAUUUAUUAAAUGAAUUAUUAAAGGUAUUACUAUACUUAUUCUCGCUAAUUAUAAUUGAUAGCUUUCCUGCCAAAUAGCUUCUAUGAAGUGAACACUAAUUUGAUAAUUAUUUAGAUGGAAAAGUAUGACUCAUAAAACCCUCCAUUUUUAAUUGGAGAUAAGGAAAUAGAGAUUUAUCAUAGAAAUUUCGAAACUAAUUUAAGUAUAAACAGAAAUUAAAUUUAAAGAUCUAUUCCUUUUUAGAUAUUGAAAAUUGAAAGAAAUGGUAGGUUUGUGAAUUAUUAAUAGUAAACAAGAGGAUUUUAAUGUAAAUAUAACAAUAAAGUAACUUACAUUAAUUUGUGGUUUUUUGAAAAAAUGGAUCUUCUUCAAAUCUUAAUUCUUGAAUUAAAAUCGACAAUAUAAAUAAAUGUCUGCUCUUAAGGAAGGCUAAUGAAUCAUUUUGCAAUACCUUUGCAUUAAAAUUUUAUAGGCAUAGUUGUUAAUGAAGAGUAUCUAUAACUAUUGAUAGUUUAUUAAAAUGAACUUAAUCUGUAUUAGUUAAUUGAUAUGGAACUAGUUAGUAGGUAAAUCAGAUUAGAAGAGAAGAUUAUUAAAAUUUUGAAUAAUAAAAAAUCAAUCUCAUUAAUUUUGGAUGAUUGUAAGAUUAUUUUAUUAUCAUCCGACUCUAUAAACUCAUAUAUAGAAUAUUUUUAAUAUAAUGGUGAUAAUUGUACUGAAAUUUAAUUUUUAGCCGAUAAAUAACUUACAAUAACUCAUGACUAAAUUAUAAAGUACAACAGCGAAAAGAUCAUUUAAAUAAUAAAUUUACCGUAUAAGGUAUUUCAAGUGAGUUUUUGUGAUAAUUUAUAACCGUCAUUCUUUUUAAUAUUUUAUGAGCUUUAACAAAUGGUUAAUAUAUCCUUAUUCUUUGAUUACUAAGAAAAAGUAGAAAAACUUUACGAUUUGCCAUUGCAUAAUUUUUAAAUAAAAAUACCACUCAACUAUUAAUAUCAAAAUUCUUAUUUGAUGAUAUUAGCAUAUAAUAAUGAAUUCGAUGACGUUUUAUUGAUUUAUAAUUGUAGGGAAACUUCAAUUGAAUCUUUAGUGUGGAUUACAUAAUUAGAUCAAAACGAGAAGUAAUUCUUUGGAUUUAUCAAUUCAAAUCUAGACUUUUUUUACAUAAAAAAUAAGUCUAUUGUUAUUCAAAAUAUAAAUCACAUCCAAAUCAUUCUUGAAGAGUAUGAAAACAAUUUUUAAAGCUUUAUUCCCUUCUUAACCUUUAAUUUUAUUUUAGAAUCAUAAUUGUAACACAUAAAAAAAUAAGCAAAUAUUGAAGUUAAGUAAUAUUUUAUUAAUAGCAAUUAAUCCUUGGCUCUUUUAAAAGAGGAUUUCAUUGAAAUUGAUUCAAAAGGAUACAUAAACCUUAUCAAUAUCUAUGGAAUAAUCAAUUAUAUUGCGAUUCUUGAGAAUUCAGAAUAAGGAAUAAUACAUCCCUUAACUCUCUCUAAUCCAAAUGAAAUAUUAGAAUGUCUAUCCUACAGUAAUAAUUUGUGUUUACAAUCUGAUUCUGUUUUUAUGUUGAGAUACUAAGAAUAAAUCUUAAAGCUUUAACUUGAUAAGGCUAUAAUGAAUGAUUGCUUAAUCUUUUUUGAUAAACAGUUAGAUAUAUAUAGUAUAAUUGAACUGUAGGAUUUUUAAGGCUGGAUAUCAAUUAGCAUAACCAAACUUAAAUUUGAAAUAUUGCAAACUAAAGGGUAAGUAUCAAUAAAUAAAACUCUUGAACAAACUUCAAUUAUUUUAAUGGCAUAAGUUGUUCAAAUCUUAAAUGUUGAAGGUCUAAUUAUUCUUAUUUAAGAUUACAUUGAUGGCUAUCUAGUUAUGGAAGGAUAAUAUCAUUCUUAAAAAAUAGAAUUUAGGCUAAGUUUUCCUUAUUUUACAUGUGAUACAUUCUUCAUCACAAAUGGUACAUACUUCUUUAUGGCUGGAAAUAAUUAAUAUCUCCAAUUAAAAGUAUUUUCCUUUAAAAAUAUCGAUUAAAAUUUAACAUGUUAAACUCUUUUUAGUUAAGAAUUAGAGAUGUCAUAGAUUAUGACAGAGCUACAUUUUUCUGAAUUGCAAUUAGAAUUAAGCAUUAUAAAAAUUUUAGCAGUUGAUUUUGAUAGUCAUUCACUUAAAUUUUAAGCAAUACUAUUCCUUACAGAUUUUUUUGCCUUUUCUUUUUCACUUCAUUAUAAUAUUGAUUAAUAAAUUGUAAUGGAAAUGUAAAUUUAAUCACUCUUCAGAUAUUCUAAUUAAUCGAAAUUUAAUAAUAUGAUAUAUCUUGAUUAGAAUUUCAUAAUUAUAAAGGUGUCAAAUACAUCAAGUUCUUCAUUAUUGAUUUACGAUUUAAAUUUAACCUCAUAAAAGAAAGAACUUGAUGCAAUCUAAUUAAUUCCGGAUUAAACUUAUACUUUAAUUGAAAAGUUCAAUGAGACACAUCACGUAAUUCUUUAACAUGAUAAAGAUAUUCUAUAAGUUCAAUUCAUUUAGUUGUCAAAAUAUUAAAUUAAGUGUUUUAAUCAAUGUAAUUUUGCAAUGACAUUACAAUUAUAAAAUGAUUGUUCAAGUAUCAUAGUUAAAGCUAAAUAAUAAAAUGAUAUGGCUUUAGUAAAUUAUAAUUAUAUUAUUAUUUUAUUGAUUUGUUUUCUAUGCAUUAUUAAAACAACUUUACAUAGAAAACAUUGA